UCCACCGUCCAGAUGGAUUUGCUUAAUGCAGCUUUGCUUGGGUUACUUUUCAUGGUCGGUGCAGCUGGAGUCGCAGGACUCACUGGACCAUUGAUAGUCAUCGGGACAGAAGGAGAAUCUGUGUCAGUGAAGUGUUAUAGCAAUCAACACAUCUUUUCCAACUCAGCAUUUUGGUGUCGCUUUGGACUCUAUGGGAAAUGUCACCAGAUUAUUAGGGCAGACGACAAUAAAAUGGAUACUAAAGUAAAUAUAGAGAUGGUGCACAGUGGAUUUGAAAUAAAAAUAAACAAAAUUACAGCAAGUGAUGCUGGACAGUACCAGUGUGGUUUAAGUGACUACUAUGAUGAGACUCAUAAGGUGGAGCUAAAAGUUCUUCCAGCUCCUGGAUUGAAAGGACCCAUGAGAGUCACUGCACUUGUGGACAGAUCUGUGGAAGUGAAAUGUCAAUAUAGCCAGAAAUACAAUAGCCCAUUUUACAAAAAAUACUUCUGUAAAUGGACUUCAAAUGAUCUCUGUAAUAAACUAACAUCUUACACUCGACCAAAAGUAACAAUCAAGGACAACGAUAGCAGCAGUUUAUUUGAUGCAACUUUGUCAGAUUUAGUCAAGAAUGACGCUGGAAGGUAUGCAUGUGGGAUAUCAGAUCAAUACAAUAUGGAAAUUACAUCACCUGUGGAGCUGGUACUUCACACAGACAUUAAAGGUAAUCCGAAGGUAACUGGUGCUGUGGGCAUGUCCGUGGUAAUGACAUGUGAGUAUGCAAAGAAAUAUAAAGACUCUACGAAAUACUGGUGUAAAACAAAUCCGAAACACUGUUUCUAUCAAUCAGAACGUCACUCUCGACCAAUUAUUCAAGAUCACAAGUGGAAGUACUUAUUUACACUAGAAAUUUACCAGGUGGAAGUCGCAGAUGCAGGGAGUUAUGAAUGUGUGAUAGUAGACUCAAGAAAUGCAUUUCUGUAUUUUGAGAUGGAAUUGGCAGUAACUGACUAUCCCAUUUUCACAGAACAAAAGACAAUAACAGAAUAUAGGGGCAAAUCCAUAAAGAUAAAAUGUCAUUAUAGCCAAACAUACAACGGAUAUGAAAAGAUAUGGUGCAAAGAAGAACCUGGUAGGUGCCUACCUCUGGCCAGCAGCCAAUACCCCCAAGCCAGGGUGGCUUUCGAAGAUGACAGGGAGAGUGGAACACUCAUUGUGACCAUGUAUGACCUCACAGUUAAUGACACUGGAUGUUACAAGUGUAAAAGCAGAUGGUAUACCAAAAGCAUCAAUUGUCCUGUUAAUCUUCAGGUACUUGAUUUGGAAAUUCUAAAGGUACAAAAUACAAUGGAGAAAACUGUGGGAUCACCUGCCAUGCUGGAAUGCCAUUAUAAACCACAGUAUGUGGAAUAUGAAAAGUACUGGUGUAAACUGGAGAUAAAUGGAAAAUGUCAAAGUGUGGACUCUAACCGGGAUGGGCAGAAGAGAUGGGAAGUCAAUGAUAAAACAAAUAAUUAUACACUGACACUAUACACCCGGACCCUGACUAUGGAGGAUGCUGGACAGUACCAGUGUGGAAUACGUCGAUCUGAAUAUCCCAUUGACACAGUACAAGUGCAACUGCGUGUUCUCCCAACUAAGGAGGAAGACACCACCAUUACUCACCAAACUGAUGGUUCCAGCAGAACCGCUAAUUCUGGGACAAGAAUUAUUGCAUGGCUCAACGAAAACAAAAUCUUUCUUAUUAUAAUUGGGGUGCUGCUGGUGUUGAUAUUAAUAAUUGUUGUCUUAUUAAUUGCAAGGAUGAUUCGCAGACGAGUGAGAUUAACACACAAUGACAAAGACAACAGUUUUGGAGUACGGCUACGGAAUGUUCAAAACACUCCAGCAGUCUACCCAGAAGUCCAGUCCUCUCAGCAGAUGGCCAGCAUUGGCACUUCAGUUGAUAUUGAAGAAAGCAGUAGUGACAGCUCAGAAUGCUCUGAAGAUACCCCUGUUGUAAGAGUCAAGGAACGCUGCAAUGAUGACUAUGUGAAUGUCGACAAAGAGCUCCGCAAAGAAGACGACGACUAUGUAAAUAUGGUUUCCCCUGAUGGAGAAAGGCCUGAAUCAAAAGGGAGCCCAAAGCUCACAUGUGACUAUGUGAAUGUUGAGCCACUUGACAGCUCAGAAAGUGAGGAAGAGGAGGAGGAGAAGAAGGAGGAGGUGGAUAAAGAGCCAGAGAGCAGUGACCUAAAUCCCAGUAGAAGAUUAUAUAAACUGCAGAAGAGCCAACAAAGUGACAGUAGUGACAGUGAGGGUGACACAGUUGAGUACACCCAGAUUGUUUUUCACUAGUUAAUCUUAAAUAUAGAAACAGCCAAUAUAGACAUUUAGAUUUGUUAUACAUGAAUUUAAAAAGCAGCAAAUGCUGGGGUUUGCCUGUUAUAGCAGUGACACCAGGAGCAGAUGGACAAUUGCUGAAUUAAAGGUACUGUCCUUCAAAAACUGAUGGAAGUUUUCUUCAUUGUAAUGUUGUGAUGAAGAAGCUGGAAUUCCCAAAGGUGCCAAAGUUAUUUUUUAUUCUGAGUAUGGCUACCAAACUGACUUUCUUUGUCCUGUUUUGCACAAAUAAUUAAAUAUUUUUAAACAUUCCUUCUGCUCGGAACAGUCCAGCUGUGCAUUUUCCAACCCUCUAGUACAAGGCAUCCAGACAUCUAGCAAUAGUAUUAGAUGCAAAGCUAGAGCCAGCUCUGAAUAGGAUACUAGGGCAUCACAGGUCGACUUUAAUUUGGCCCAGUUCAGAGUGGGCAAUUAACAGGUAUAAGAAAAGUGGAAUAGUCACAACAAAUCAAGCAAAUAUCUAGAGAGUGGGCACACUUUGCAUUAAUCUGAACUGAACGUAUACCUUAGAUCUAUGACACAGCCAUUCUAUCUCCUGUGCCAACAUGCUGCCCAUUAAUGGUUUGUGAAUACAGUGCCUUCAGAAAGUGUUCAGAUCCCUUUAUGCUGCAGCCUUAGGCUAAAUUCAAUUACAUUCAAUUAUUCCCAAAAGCAACCGACACUGAAUAUUCCAGAAUGAAAAAAAUCUAAAACAGAUUUUUAGCAAUUUUCACAUUUUUUUUCAUUAAAAACUAGGGGGCUGAGCCCCCUACUCACUUUGCUUGCCCAUCCCACAACCCCCACCCUGGGGGCAUGCUUCACGCCCUGCCACUUUGCGUCUCGGCCGCUCGUGUUGUGAAGAGGGGGGCUGAACGCAUGCUAAGGAGAUGCGAAUGGAUCAGCUUCUGGCUUGCUGCUAGCUGUUACCGAACUGCGUGAUCUGUAUGUCGCACUGCACGUCAACCAUUUAAAAGUCUGUACAGCAGCUGCUGCUGCCAUGAUGCGUGAUCUGCAUGUUGGGCUGCACGACGAUCAUUUAAAAGCCUGUACAGCAGCCGUCCUUUUGUCUGACUUCCUUGUCUCACAGGACGUUAAAGUGUCUCAGAGAAAUUGUUUCUAAGUAGGGUGUAACGUGCAAGAAGUCUCGCAGGACUUCAAACUGUCUCUCCGAGAUGAUCAUGUCUCGACCCAAGAGCUUUAGAUAGAUGGAAAUGACUCAAGGUUACAGAACAUUUGCUAUGGCACUUGAAAUUUGUUUCAGGAGCAUCCCAUUAUUUUGAUCCUCACUGAGAUGCUCUAGACCAGGGGUCCUCAAUCACAGUCCUGGAGAGCCGCAAUGGCUGCAGAUUUUUAUUCCAACUAUACCUAAUUAGGAGAUGGUCCAUGCUGAUAAUGAAACUUAGUAUUUAACUAUUUAGCUUGUUAAUGCUUGCAUUCA